CUCGAUAAAUCAAUAAAGAACAAUGCAAAUUUGUAGUCCAUCCCCGUUGUGGACAUUUGGACUUUUGUUUCGCGUCUUAUCUUAAAGCCCCUCCAUCCUAAAAUCGACUGCUGAUCAACACCAAGUAAGCAGUUACGUAGCAAAAUGUCGUUGCGUCCACUUGUGGAGGGCGAUUGUGGCGGUGUCAAUCCAUUGAUGCAGUUGGGUGGCCAAUUCACCCGUGAUGUUGCACACAAGGAUGAAGGUUUUGCUCCUGCGCAGUUCGAGCGCAGCUUGCGACCAGACGAGCAACUAGUCAACGAAUUUCUAGGUCAAGUAGCUGGCCCACCGCAGUCCUUUCAAAUGGAUACACUGCUGCAAGAGAUGCGCGGAGUAAACAUCCAUGGUCCACCACAACAGCAUAGCGAAAUGGCCAAUCAAUGGGGACGGGAUUUUAUGCAACAGCAGCAACAGCAACAUCACCAGCCAAACAAAACGGUGCAGAUACCGCAGCCCUUGCAGUCGCAAGACUUCUUUGACGAAACGAUGAUCUGCACCCAAAACUUUAUGCCAAACCAAAUGAUGCGCCAGCCAUAUCUUGCCAUCACAGCUGGACCCCAGCAACAGCAACCGCAGCAGCAGCACGAUUCAUUCUUCGACGAAAAUGUCGAGACGAUCAUUACUGACAAUCUGCCAAGGGUGGAAACUGGCGCAGAGUCUCUCGAGGAUUGGAUCAGUGACUAUCAGCGCAACAAGGAGCUCAACGAACAGCAGACGACAAAUUUUAAUGAAAAAUUCUGGCAGCGCUUGCAGGACGAAUGGCAAAAAUUGGCUGAGGAGAACGAACAUCCAUGGCUCUCGGAAUACAAUGAGAGUCUGGACGCCUACAAGGAGUAUGAAUUUGCCGAACAAAAUCCGAUGAGCGAACUGGAUAAUGCGUUUGAGAAGGGCAAGGAGUACUUGAAUAAGGGCGACAUACCCAGCGCCGUGCUCUGCUUUGAGGUCGCCGUCAAGAAGGAACCGCAACGGGCCGAAAUCUGGCAGCUGUUGGGCGUCUCUCAGGCGGAAAACGAAAUGGAUCCACAGGCCAUUGCGGCGCUCAAAAAGGCUCUGGAACUUCAACCGGAAAAUCGACCGGUGCUGAUGGCCCUGGCCGUAUGUUAUACCAACGAAGGCUUGCAGAGCAAUGCUGUAAAAAUGCUGUCCAACUGGCUGGAGGUGCAUCCGCAGUAUAAACACCUGUUGUCCGCCUAUCCGCAGCUGCAGUCGGAGACGCUCACCAUGGCCUCCUCCCUAAUUGGGGGCAACAAGCUGCGCGAUCUGCAGCAGGUCUAUCUGGAGGCAGUGCGCAUGCAGCCCGCCCAAGUGGACUCCGAUUUGCAGGAGGCACUCGGUGUCCUCUACAAUUUAUCCGGCGAAUUUGACAAGGCGGUCGACUGCUAUAGGGCGGCCGUACAUGUGGAUCCUCAGAAUGCGAAGCUUUGGAAUCGUUUGGGCGCCAGCCUGGCGAACGGCUCACGAUCUGUGGAGGCGGUCGAGGCAUAUCAACAGGCGCUCCAGCUGCAGCCAGGAUUCAUACGAGUGCGCUACAAUGUCGGCGUCUGCUGCAUGAAUUUGAAAGCGUAUAAGGAGGCGGCCGAGCACCUGAUUACGGCGCUUACCAUGCAGGCACACACGAAUGCCUCUAGGGAGUUACCAAACGCUCAGGCCAUCGGCCAAAAUCAGAUGUCCGAGUCGAUCUGGAGCACGCUCAAAAUGGUCAUAUCCCUGAUGGGGCGAAGCGAUCUACAGGGUCACAUAAGCGAUCGCAACUUGUCGGCACUCAACGAAGCCUUCAAGGAUUAGACUGCAACAGUUGGCGUCCAGUGAAUGAAUUUGAAACGGCAUGCA